CGUCAAAACGGGACCAAUAGAACACAUAAAUGGGGAUCACGAAGCAGAAUAAUAACCAAUCAAAUCGGCGCGUUAACAGUACAUGUAUGGGACAGUUAACACGGCUGUUACGCCUUCAUUAAGCGAAGCCACGGGAAUUAGGACAUGGAUUGAGAUUGACAAGACUACCAUUGAUUAGGAUAGGCAAUGGACACGUUAUGAAAAUGUACUCGAAGGUGCGUAACUUGAAUACUCAAUAAGCGUGAAACUACCAAGGAUUGUCAGGAAUUGACAAAUAUGGAGUCGGCGAGCGUAUAAAUACGAGCAUCGGGUCUAAAACUCAUUAUAACAUUAUACACACAGUUUGGAUAACGUUCUCAGGCGCACUGACAUCUAGCAACAUGUUCAGUUUCAUCGCGAUUGCAUGCUUGCUCGGCGUAGCGUCGGCUGCCCCCUCCGGGUAUGGCGAUCUACCCAUUGCUACCAGCAGCAUCUCAGUUCCUCGUUAUGGCUUCAACUACGCUGUCAACGACCCCGUGACUGGUGACAACAAAGCGCAGACGGAAUCCCGCGACGGAGGCGUUGUCAAGGGCUCGUACUCUCUGACGGAACCUGACGGCACCAUCAGAGUGGUGGACUAUACCGCCGACCCCGUCUCAGGAUUCAACGCCGUAGUGAAGCGUAUUGGCCCAGCCGCUCACCCACAAAGCUACGUCGCCGCUCCCGUGGUCAGCAAGCAGAUUGUGGCCCCGAUUGCUGCUGCACCUAUCGCCCCUAUUGCCGCCGCACCCAUUACUAACGCCUACGCUUCAGGUCUUGGCCUCGGCGGCUACGCCGACAGCGGCCUUGACCUCGGCAGUUACAACUUGGGCUACGGUGGUCUCGGCUACGGAAUCGGCGGUCUCGGCGGUCUCGGUGGUCUCGGCGACUGGAAGCACUAAGUGAUAGCGUGAUAGCAAGUGCCUGAACCCCAACGGACGUUAUUGCGACCUUACUCUCCUUUCGCAUCUGAAUGUUCCAUGUUCAUAGGCGAUACGAAUAGUAUAGGUUGAUCAUGUAUUUGUGAAAUACUGGAAUAAAUAAGUGUCACUGUGUUGUAAAUA